AUUUAAAGAGGUUUCUUGGUAUGUAAUAAUGACAAAAAAGAAAUUAAAAAAUAAUUGACUAGUGUCACGAGUGCGUUGUACGAACGUUUUGGUAAAGCUAUUUAUUUUGUGUUUAUAUAGAAUGUUAAACAGUCUUAAUAAAAUAAUAAUGUAUACUUCUUUGGUGAUUUUGCUGGCCUACUUAAUGUCCUGCUAUACUGCUUUUGGUUAUCCAAUGAAAGGACAAGAAGAGAAAACGCAUGUACAGAAGAACGAGAAGAAAUUUCCUAACGGUACUAUUGUGGGAAAAUACUCUUAUAGAGAUAAAGAUGGCAAUCCAAUACACGUCAGAUAUUACGCUGAUGGUUCAAGUUAUGGUGUCGAACUGAAGAGUGUUAAAGUUUUUGGAUCACAACCAGACAAUUUAAAGGAGGCGAUUAAUUUGGAGGUGCCACCAGAACCGUAUGAGGAGGCCAUAAACAAGGCAAAUUCAUUGCUUAGUAACAGUUUUGUAAAAAAUAAGUCCUAUACACCAUUUCAAGUUAUUAACGCAGUUCCCGAAGAAACUUCGAAACCUAAAAAGCAGAAUGAUGAUUACGAGAUAUUUUUAGAAAAUGACAUUAGGCCUUCACAAGAUUGCAACAAGGAAAAAAUCCGAAUUUACACAGAUAAGUCCAAGAGGAAAGUGAGAAAGGCAGAUGAAGAAAAUAAUUUUUUCUGCGAACGAUUUUAAUAAUGUCUCUUAUUAGAUUAUACAUUUUAUUAAUUUCACCUAAAAUUAUUUUUAUUUUUAUAAAUAUAAGAUGUCUGAAAUAAAACAAAAGGAUAUGUUACUUGUAAUUAAAUGUUUUUUUUUUUCAUUCUUAAA